AUGACAGGAGUCACCCACCCUUUCGACCCCUUGUCGGGCGAUGAGAUUACUGUCGCUGUGGAGGCAGUAAAGCAAGCCUAUGGAGACCUCUUCUUCCAGGCUGUUACUCUGGUUGAGCCUCGCAAGGCCGAAAUGACCAACUGGCUCCAGAACAAGACUUCGGCUCCCCGUCCCAACCGAAUUGCCGAUGUUACAGCUAUCGAUCCCGCAGGCAAGGUCUAUGAUGGUUUCGUCGACCUCGCUACUAAGAAGAUUGUCAAGUGGGAGCAACUCAGUGGCCUUCAGCCAAUUAUCACUCUGGAGGAACUCAUCGCUGUGGAGCAUGUCUGCCGCAAGGACCCCAAGGUCAUUGAGCAGUGUAUCAUCAGCGGUAUCGCCAAGGAGGAUAUGGACAAGGUCUACUGCGAUGCUUGGACUAUCGGUUAUGACGAGCGCUUUGGCAACGACAUCAGACUGCAGCAAGCCCUGAUGUACUAUCGUCCCCAUGUCGACGACUGCCAGUACCAGUACCCCUUGGACUUCUGCCCGAUCUUUGAUCCCAUCAAGAAGGAGGUCAUCGCCAUUGAUGUUCCCAAAAUCCGAAGGCCUAUGCCCAAGAUUGGCAGAGCCAUCAACUACCACCCGGCUGGUGUUGAGAAGGCUGGUGGGUACAGGAAGGACAUCAUGCCCCUCAACAUCACACAGCCUGCUGGCGUCUCAUUCAACCUCAAGGGCCGCGAACUCCAGUGGCAGAACUGGAAGUUCCACAUUGGUUUCAACUACCGCGAAGGUCUUGUUUUCAAUGACAUCAAGUACAACGACAAGGGUACCGACCGUGAUAUUUUCUACAGACUGUCUCUGGCUGAGAUGGUUGUUCCUUACGGCAACCCCGAGCACCCCCAUCAGCGAAAGCACGCUUUCGAUCUCGGCGAGUAUGGAGCUGGUUACAUGACCAACAGUCUCUCCCUGGGCUGCGACUGCAAGGGCGCAAUUCACUACCUCGACGCCGAGUUCCCCCGCCGCGAUGGUACUAUCCGCAAGAUCAAGAACGCCAUCUGCAUCCACGAGGAGGAUGCCGGUAUCCUCUUCAAGCACUCCGACUUCCGUGACGACUCUGUCAUUGUCACCCGUGCCCGCAAGCUGAUCAUCCAGCAAAUCUUCACUGCUGCCAACUACGAGUACGCCAUCCAGUGGGUCUUCCACCAGGACGGUACUAUCCAGCCUGACAUCAAGUUGACUGGUAUCCUCAACACAUAUGUCAUGAACCCCGAUGAGGACACCAAGGGCUGGGGCACCCAGGUCUACCCAGGCGUCAACGCACACAACCACCAGCAUCUCUUCUGCCUCCGUGUGCACGCCAACGUCGACGGACCCAACAACACAGUCUUCGUUUCCGACGCCGUCCCCUCGGAUGCUCCCGUGGGAAGCCCCGAGAACUUCUACGGUAACGGUUUCACAGCCAAGAGGACCAAGCUGGCCACCGAGGGCGAGUCAGCAACCGACUACAACGGUGCCACCAGCCGUACCUGGGAGAUUUGCAACACCAACAGACUCCACCCCUACAGCGGCAAGGCGUCGAGCUACAAGCUGGUCAGCCGUGAGGUUCCCGGCCUGCUGCCCAAGGAGGGCUCUCUAGUCUGGAAGAGGGCUGGCUUUGCCCGCCACGCAGUCUAUGUAACCAAGUACCGCGAUGACGAGCUGUGGCCCGCAGGCCGCCAUGUCCCCCAGACCUCCGGAGAGCCCAGCGCCGGCAUCACCGAGUGGAUCGGGGACGGCACCACCCCCAUCGACAACACGGACAUCGUCCUGUGGCACACCUUUGGCGUGACGCACAUUCCCUCCCCCGAGGACUUCCCCGUGAUGCCGGCCGAGCCCAUCACGCUCCUGCUGCGCCCCCGAAACUUCUUCAACAACAACCCCGUCAUGGACAUCCCCCCGUCCUACUGCAGCACCCCAAGCCAGGUGGCCGCCCAGGGCGAGGGCGUGCUGAAUGCCCGGGACGAGAUGAGCAAGCUGGCGUUUGGCGAGAGCAGCGGCAGCUGCUGCUCGAAGCUGUGA